UUCUGUUUCAUAAACAUAGAUAAUCGUUUGGAGGAAUAACUACUGAGCUGCUACAAGAAACAAUAUUACCUGGAAUAAAACCUCACCAUAUUCCGUACAUAACUAUUUAAGGCUUAGACACGAGAGCACGAAACGCCUUGGGAAUUGAAAUGAAGAGCAAUCGGCAAAUGUUUGCGUUACCUUGACUGGGAGAAUUCUAUGCAUUUCUAUGGCUAAACACAAUAAGGAUGAGCGUUAGUAAAAGGAAGUUCACACAACACAUCAUACCCAACCCUCUAACCUCUAAAUACAAAGAUUGUUCGUCAGUGGGAAAUAAUGAGCUCGCUGAGCAGAUGUGGUGUUCAUCGAUUUCUAUGCCGAUUGACUACGAGGAAUAUGUUACAAAAAAUAAGGCACUUAUUGUUAAUGACCCAUACCGGGAAACUGUACUUUUUCCUCAAGACGAUUUGAAGGUGGUCAGAAUUCCUCAUAUUAAUCGAACGUUGAGCAAUGUUGUCCCCGAGGCUGCACUUAAACAUGAUUUAUUUACUUCAAAUUCAUUGGCACGCCAUGCAGUAUCGUUUUUUGCUACAACUGAAUGGAGCUAUAUUCAACAAACAUCUUCCAUUUAUUGCGGGAAUUUUCUCUCGCUUCCAUUUAAGAAUGAUAUCGAUGAGUUAGGCGGAAAAUUAUCCCAAUAUUGGUUCUCAAUUGAUCAGUCAUUAUCCAAUAAAGACAGUCCCAAUCAUAUUUCAGAUUCCGAUCAUCUAUCAACUAACAUUGGCUCAAAAAUAAGAACAGCUACAGGAUUUCAAGUUCGUAGUCGUCGGUCAGCCACAAGUGGUCUUAUGAGAACUGGUCAAAGUGUUUGUGAAACAGCUACUUCUAGUUCAGAUAAUCGAUUUGCAGGAAAUUUUCAACCUAAAGAUCAUUUGAAAUUGGAGCGAAUCAACUCAGAUACCAGUUUAAUAAAACGUGGCAGUAAAUCAAAGGAUAUAGAAGAGACUGAUGAAAAAUCAAUCAAUGAUAUUACUACAAAUUUGAGUCUUAGUAAGAAACAGUUUGAAAAUGGAAAGUUUUCAUCUACUUAUUUAGAAUGUCAACUUAUGUUAUGUAAUCGUGAAAAAUAUCAAGAUUAUAUUCGUAUUCUAGAAGGUUUACUUUCUUCUGGUAUAAAUAAAAAUGUUAAUAAAACAAAAUCAUUAUUUAAAAAUUAUAUAACAAACUAUUAUUGUUUAAGACAAAUACAAAUUGAAGAGCUAUCUGAUAAUGAUCGACAAAAAACUUCAUUAGAAUCUAUUGGAAAAAUUCGAAAUUUAUUCGUUGGUCUACAUGUGAUAGCACCUUGUGAUUGGCGUGCAUCAAAAGUGUAUUCAUCAUCUUAUGAAAAUGUUAUAUAUUUAGAUACAAUUGAAUCAGCACGUUCAAUUGGUGAUUAUUGGAUUCGUUUAGAAAGAUUAUUGCCAUCUUCAUCAUCAUCAUCAUCAUCAUCAUCAUUGUCACCGAUGCCAUCGUCUUCACCGACAUUAAACUCUAUCCAACCAUCAUCUAUUAAACAAUCCAAUGAAUUAUCAACACCCAAUAGUUCACUAUUAAAUGAUGAAAUAUUUAUUUAUUUCGAUCCUGGAAUGAGUGAUGCAUUGGAGAAACGACAACUAUGGUUGAAUGCAAUAGAGUUAGCUUUAAAAUUGGAACAUCAUAGACGACGUAUAGGUUAUCAUCAAUCAAAUACACAUUUUCACGAGAAUUCAGACUCCACUGGAAGUAAUAAACUAGAUAUAUUUAACAAAUCUAACGAUACAGAUUCAGUACGCAGUGCCUUACAACGGUAUGCUCAAGAAACAGAAUUAUUUGUAAUACGUCAACGUCAAAAAGAUCGAAUCAAAUUAAUCACAUUGUUCCCAGAAGUUCGAAUAAAUCAACAUAAAAUAAAAAUGUCCUACUCACCACAUGAAAGUAAUAAUGUAAUAAUUAGCAAUUUGAAAGAUUCACCAUUUUCACCAUUUCCUGAACGUACAAUUGAAUUAUGUAAUCGACGAUAUUUAGCUACAUGUUUAUGUUUACAUUCAAAAAUUCAAGCUAAUUUGGAAAUUUCAGGGAAUUCAUCAUCUUCCCAUUUAGAGAAUCCAGAACCAUAUUUUGUUACUAUUUUUCUUGUGGAUGUCAAUGAUGGACGUCGUGUUAGUGAAGAUUUCUAUUGGAAUCCUAAUUCAUCAAUUAUUGAUUCUAUGUUACCAAUAGAUCAAUUCAAAAGUUUACCAUGGUAUUCAUCUAAUAAUCAAUAUUCUGAAACAACUAAUGAUAUUCAUCAUCAUCAUCAUUCAAUAUCUAAUCAACCAAAUAUUAUUUCAUCACCUAAUCGAACAACACGUAGACAUGCACCACCACCACCACCAAAUAAUAAUCUUAUGUCUCCAUAUGGAACACAAAGUUCUAUUUCAUUAGAUUGUUUAUAUAAGUGUCGUACAGCAUUAUUUUCAAUUCCAUCAUGUUGUCAUGUCAAUAAUUUGUAUAUAGUUGUACGAGUGGAUAAAGUUCUUAGUGGACCAAUCAAUACAGUAAUAGAUAAAUAUCUGAAAAAUACUAGUAAUACUAAUGAUAAUAUUAAAACUGGUUCAAGUAUACAAAAAUCAAUGGUGAAUUAUUGUCGUAAUAUUGGUCGUUAUCGUAUGCCAUUUGCAUGGGGUGCAAGACCUGUAAACAGUACAAAUCGUUUUAUUCAUCUAUUCAAAAUGGAUUCUAAUAAGAUCUCUGAACAAGGAUUAAUUCAAUCUGUACAAAUGUUAUGCCAUUUAUCAAUUGAUUAUAAUACAUAUCAUGAUCGGUAUACAGAUGUAACAAGCAUUAUGACUACUACUAAUAAUGAUAAUAGUAGUAUAAAUGAAAGUAAUCAUUAUCAUAUACCAGAAUCUAUAAAUCAUAUGUUAAAAAUAGACUCAAAUAAAUCAAAAUCAUCAAAAUUGAUUAAUAAUAAUAGUUCUGUACUAAAAGAUGUUACAAAUUAUUUAACCGAACAAGAUCGACUCUUUAUUGAAACAAUUGAACGUUCUCUUAAAACUCAAAUGUUACCUAUACGAUUUGAAUUCGUGAUGAGUGAACUAAUUGAUCAUACUAUUGAUCCUAAUGCAAAACCUUUAUCACGAGUUGUUGCUUCAAAUCUGGAAACAUACACACCGAAUGUGACAGCUAAUAAUUCUCAUAAUUUCUAUAUACCAUCAACACAUCCACCGCUUAUGUCAGAUGAAAUUAUACGUGAAGUUGAAAAUCUAUUUGAUUUUUAUUCAACUCUAUCAGGAACAUCGUAUAAUGAUGAUUAUGGAAUUAAUAAUCCAGAUGAUUCUAAUACUCCUUCUCGUACUGGAAGUCUUCAAAGAGGUAGUUAUCGAAUGAAUUCACUUAAUAACAAAAAUAGUAAUAAUAAUAGAGAUUCUAUUCUAUCAAAUAAUAGUGUAAAUAGUACAACUAGUUCACUUAUUAUUACAAAUGAUUUACCAAAAUUAUUAAAUAACACACUUCAAAAUCAAUCAAAUUCACUUGAACAAUCUGUUAUUCAAUUUGAACAUGGAACAAGUAUACAAUGUUCAACUAUUAAAUUAUUACCAUUCACUUCAUUUUUUAAUACAUUAUAUGUAUGUCCAAAAUCAUUGAAUAUGUCAGGGAAACAUAAUUUUCCAAGGGCUCGGAAUUUAUCAUGUUUCAUUGAAUUACGAAGUAAUGAUAAUUUGGAUAAUUCCACUGCGUUAAAGGUGUUUUACACUCGUCCAAGUAUUCGUCAACCAAUAUUUGAUUCAUGGUUUAAUACUGCUGUAAUAUAUCAUGAUAAUUAUCCGAAUUUCAGUGAACAAGCUAAAAUCUGUUUACCAUUGAAUUUAACUUCAAAACAUCAUUUACUAUUUCGUUUUUAUCAUGUAAGCUGUGAGACGGCUUCAACAAAUUUAUUAAAUUCCAAAGAGAAAUCUAAUAGUAAUAAUAAUAAUAAUAAUAAUAGUAAUAAUAAAAAACCUGUUGAAUCAAGUACAGGCUAUUCAUGGAUUCCAAUACUUGGAACAGAUGGAAAUUUAAAUGUUGGCACGUUUCAACUUCGUAUUGCAUCAACUAUUCAUCCGGGUUAUUUACAACAAUCAACUAUACAAAACUUUCGUCAUUCAAAUCUAAAUGACACUAGUGGUGGAAUUAGCUUGCCAUUCAAUAUCGGCAAUACAAACUCUACGAAUAGUAAUAAUAAUAAUAGUGGUAAUUUCAAUGAUUUCACUUGGAUUGAUAAUGGGAAAUAUUUAUUUAAAGUUGAUCUGAAACCUUUAUCAUCUAUAUAUACACAUGAUCCAAUAUUGUCAAAAUUCUUUCGUGUUUGUAGUGAUCUACUACCACGAAUGUUGUACUUAUCAUCUACGAAAACAAAUAAUGCAGAUAAACAGAAGCAAAAUCAUGUUACAUUUCGUGAUGAUACUGUUGUAAUACAAUCUAAUAAUAUUGAUUUAUCAUCGUCUUCUUCAAAACGUAUCAGUAUUACAGGUGGUAAUAUUUCUAGUAACAGUAUAUUACAUAAUGCAACAUCAAUUCAUUUACAUUUAUGUAAUGCUAUGAAGGCAUUAUUAUUGAUUAGUCCAACUGCAUUAGUACAAUUUCUACCAGUUAUUCUUAAUCAAUUUAUGGAGAUCAUUAUUCUUAGUGCUGAAACAAGUGAAAAAUGUUUUCAACAACAACAGCAGCAGCAUCAGCAAACAGCUCAACUAUCCGAUUCAAUCAACAAAGAUCUUAGUAAUACUGCUGAUACUUCGGAAUAUUUAUGGUUUAGAAGUUUAAAAAAUAAUUAUAAUAAUAUGAUUAGUACAAAUACAACAAAUUAUACUACUACUACUACUAUUACUAGUAGUAAUAAUAGUACACCGGAUGAUGUAUUGAAAACAGCUAUUAGUACAUUAGCUAUGCUUGUCUCUGAAUUGAAUGCACAAAUUCCAAAUGAUAAUUGUUAUUAUCCAAUCAAGUCAACAAAUGAUACAGCUCAUAUGGAUAGUGCAGUCGAUUCAAACAUACCAAGUGGUGAACGUGUAAAGCACAAUUUAUUGAAAACUUAUGUAGAGUUUGUAUUCAAUCCUGAUCAUUUGUUAACAACAUGUAUAAAUCAUUAUUUAAAUGAGAAUCAACAAAUCAAUAAUGAUCCAAGAAAAGAAGAAAAAGAAGGGAUACAACUCAAUGAAUUAAUACAUCAUAAAAGAUCAAAUCGUUCACCUCCACCACCAUCAUCAUCACCAACCAUAACAACAACAACAACAACAAGAUCUAAUAAACUAUCAAUAUCACAAUUGACAAUUAAUCAAUAUUUUCCUUUAUCCUCAUUACAUCAUUCUAUUAUUCGUGGUUUAAUUCUACUUUUAUCUGAUAUUCAUUGUCCAAAUAAUAUAUUAAUACAUUUAUUUAAUAAUAUUUGGUUAUUAUUAACAUUAAUAAUUAAAUCAAUGACACAAUAUUUAUGUAUUAGUAAGAAAAUCUGGGCCGAACGAUCAGGUGAAACACGUUUUUCAUCAUUAUUCUGUGAAGAUUUAACUGUAUUUAUUCAAUUGAUUGGAUCACGUUUAUUAUCUACAUCUCUUGGUACUACAAAAGCCACAUCAAUAACAUGUAAUCAGUCUAAUAAAACUGAUGAAUUAGAUACUACCACUUAUAAUCAAGUUAUUACAUCACUUAAUGGAUCAUUAACAAAAAUGGAACCAUUCAAUUCUCUAACAAAUUCACAAGCAAGUAAAUAUAUCAAUCAAUCGUUAACACGGAAAACUUCACCUUGUUCUGAAUCUAUUCAACUUAAACAAUAUUCUAACAGUGUUAAAUCUAAUCCACAUCAUACCAAUAAUAAUGUAAUUGAUUUUAAUGGAAUUGAUGUAAUCUCAGGAAUUGGACAAUUUUUAUGUCAUUUAUUCAAUUUAAUGGAUAGAGGUUAUGUUUUUAAACGUGUUCGUGAUUUGUUAAUGUUCCUUGAAAUAUCACCAAGAAUGUCCGUUGAUAAAAUUGAUCAAUUAAAUGAAUUACGAUUUGAAUUAUUACGUUGUAUUUGUGAACAUGAACAUUUUAUUCCAUUGAAUUUACCCAUGUUAAAUAUAUCCGAUGGUUUAAGUAAGUUCACUUUCCUAUCUACCUUCUUUCAUAGUUUGUAGUGAGUGUUUAGUUUUUGCGUACAAUUCAAAAUUCAAUGAUAGAUUUUUAUUUAUAUAUUUAUUUAAACACAUAAACAUUAGUACAAUUAGGCACCAAGCAGAUAUGCGCCACAUCAAUCAUUCGAUUUGUGUGAGGGUUGGGAUACUGUCUGGGUGCCCUAACCGAAGUAGGUGGUUUUUCUUAGAAGGCCACACCCCCAGCCUUCAACCUAAAAGUCUAAACCACAAGGCAGUGGGGCAACGUCAGGAAAUGCAAUCUUAUGGUAGCCGGAGACCACUGAUUGGUUAUUAACGGUGUUUGUUUCCUUAGGAUACUGGAGCUCACUUACACCAUUGGUGUGGAAUCAGGGUUUAUAACCCACCUAUGUGAACUCUCCGAGUCCACCAACCUGGUUAAAUCAUCGGACAUUCACAUUUCGUCCUCUUAAUUUCGUAAACAACAACCCAGUGGCGAGGAAGCAUUGAGUAAGACUUCCCUGAGAGUGGUUGUAUGUACGUGGCCAUGUGACAGCAUUCGGAGAGAGAGAGAGAGAGCUAACUCUCCCCACUCUCAGUCACUUGGGGGCACUUUUAACUUUUGUUUAAAAGUUAAUUAAAACCUACCAAAUAUUUGGUUACUAGAACGCUUAAAAUUGUUAAUCAUAAAAUGAAGUAUUAGAUAUCAUUAUGUAUAAUAUUUUGUAAGUAAUAUAUGCGUUAUAUGUUAGAAUUAUAUUUGAAGCAAACGAAGUGAUUGGAAUUUAAGAUAAUUACAACAUUUCGUCCAGGAAACUUGUCUGAACUUCUACAGAGUAGAAUAAUCAAAACUAUCAAGGAAUGUAUAACGUUAAAUAAUCAAAUCUUUGAUUUUGAUAUUAUUAUCCUAAUGAAGUCUAGACAAGUUUGCUGAACGAAACGUUGAAAUUAUUUUAAAUUUCAAUCACUUAGUUUAUUUUAAAUAUAAUUUUCUUUAUACUUGGCGCCCAAUUUUCGUCAAACUAUUCGUUCUAAUAUCAGAAGGGGGGUUUCGUGUAUAUUAUAGUAAUUUUAAUAGUUGAGAUCAUGAGUCAAUUGAAGCUAGACCACCAUGGAAAACCUGAAAGUACUGGAUAGCCGUUUCGUCCUACUGUGGUUAAGCGCUCGCACGCGAGACUGAUAGAUCUCGCGAGGCGAGAUCGUGGAUGCGCACCACUAGGAAGUCUCGAUCGUAGCUGCUACCUUGGUCGGAACAUAUGUUCCUGUAGGUUCUGCCAUGCCAGGCAGGUCGAUUGGAGAACGGUAAGACUAAAAGCAGCAACUCAAGAUCUGAGGGCGAAGUCGUCCUGCUGACUGUAGAGGGGUGUGACAGCAGUAAAGUGUUUCCCUCAGACAACCAGCAUCUACAGCGAUGCUGCCUUCCCACAAGGAGGGAUGGGGUUAGAAAAGGUCGACCCUAAAAAUGCCACACCUCACCUUACCUCAUGGAUUUCCGUCUCCGGUGGUAAGGCCCUUUGAAGAACGGAGCUAACACGUCAAAAACCUUCCACAAAAAGGCCGUGCGCGACCGGCCUCAAGCAGUUGUCCCUGGGGUUUGCGGUCGUUAAGACUAACAUUAAUCCAACUUCCUUUUCAGAUUCCUCAAGAAAUACCCUUCCACGAUGUGGGCAACCGGGAAGUGAUAUCAGCCCUCACACCCUUAACAGCGCACGAGACCAAGGUGGUCACAUUCAAAUCCCUCCUACACCUCCAAAUAAAUCUCUUAUAUCCACAACUAACCCUUCUCACGUCUCUUUACCACCUUGCAACGCUAGAACAAAUGAUUCGAGUACGCGGACGAUAACAACUGAUGGUUAGAGACCUUAAAUGACAUGAUUCAAAAUCGUUCGCAGUGGUGUGAGCAGGUGUAUACACUCUUUGUGUUCUCCUAAAUCCUAAUCUUCUGAAUUCUUCAUGUCUCUUUCUUUUUUUUUCUUUCCAAAUUUAUUUCACUGGAUUAUAAUCGUUGAAUGCUAGUAGCUUACGAAUAUCUUUUACUGUUAAUGACCAUGUUUCGCAGCCGUAAAGUAGAACAGAACAAACUGCAGCACAGUAUACUAGUCUUUUAACUGAUAAACAGAUAUCUCACCUUCGCCAUAGGUAAUGUAAGUUGGUAAAACAAACCAAGAAAACAGAUAACUUGUUGAACUAUCUAAAUGACAGGAAUAGGUAUCUCAAAUAUUAAAGCAGGCUACUGGCAAUCUCGACCGAAAAAAAAAACAACUGAAUCCUUACUCUAUCAAUCUUAUUAAACUCGAUUAAGUUAUUUUCAUUUUUCAAAUGACCUAUAAACAAUUAUCACUUCUAUAAUUUACUCAUUGUAUAUAAUAGCUGAACAAUAUUCUGUUAGCAGACUGUAUACUGUAAAUAUUGAGCAUAGUCAAGGUAUGUAAUUUUGUUUGAAUCACUAUGUGUACUGCUAUCCUAUGUAUACUUGAUUAUUUCCAUGUAUAUAUAUACAUAUAUGCACUGCAUUGCAUUAGUUUUUAUGAUUAUUAUAUACUAAUAACUAUGAUUAUAAUUGUACUCACUUCUUGUGUGUGUGUGUGCUUCGGUGGAUUGUUUUUAUACAUGCAUGAUAUUUAAUGAGAUAAUAGUACUUUAGAUUUAGGAACUUCACAAACACACACACACGCACAUGCAAACAUACGUACCCAUAUUUUAUGUUUAAUGUACUAGAACAUUGAAUCAGCUCAUUGAACUUUGAAAAUAUAUUCUUUCUACAAUCAAAUGGUACAUUGUAUUUUGUAUAUGGAUAUAAGCGAAAUACUCUUUAUUUCCUCUCAUUACUUGAAAUGAGAAUUUGUUUUUGUUUAAGGUAAUUUAUGUUAUAUGAUGUUGUAGGGUGUUACGGGUACUGCCCUGUUGCCUAGGUGAUUUUCUUAGAGAGCCACUUUCUAAACCUUCAACUUGAAGGUCUGGGUCAUAAGGUAAUGGAACAUCUUUAGGAGAUGCGGUUCCAUUGUAGCCGGUGACGCACAAUAGGUUCAUACACCAUUUGUUUCCUUAGGAUCCUGGAGCCAGUCCAUGUUCACCAUUGGUUUGGAAUCAGGGUUUUUUAACUCUCCUAGUAGGUGGACUCUCCGUAUCCACCAAUCUGAUUAAAGCGCCGGAUAUUCGCUUUUCGUGUUGUCAAUCCGGUAAACAAAGGUAAUGGCACGAGAAGGCAGUGAGUAGGACUUGUAUGGCAGUGGUUGUAUGCACGUGGCCAUAUGAGGGAGAGCUGACUCUCCGUACUCUCGGCCGUACCAGGGCAUUUGGGAGCAAGACAACACUUAAUUUUUGUCUAGCAAUCAUUAAGAUAACAUUUAAUGAUUGCUAGUUAGUUAUAUCACUUUUCUAUGUUUAUUUAAUCCUUGAAUUAAAAAUCUAUUCAAGAGCUUCCUACCACUAUUCACUUACAAUAUGUUUGUCAAUUCUGGAUAUGUAUAUUUUUUAUAUUGUAGAAAAGAUAGCAGAGGAUUAAUUCUUUAAAAUGCACUUGAAUUUAAAUCAGUCAUCUGGACAUUCCUACCUUACUCGGACAACUUUGGUAGUUAAGUAGAGAGUGAUAGCACAAUAGUGAAAGUAAUCGGUUUUAGAUAAUUAAAUACUAGAUUUAAACUUCUUUACCUCCAUUUUUGUUGUUUUAAGCUACCUGAUUAUAUCAGUAGUUAUUUCACAAGCAACAUAGCUCAAAUCUAAGUGUUUCAAUAUGUACGUGUUAACUUAGUUAGUCAAAUUAUGUUACCUAUCCUUUCAGAAAAGUAUAGCACGUAGCUAAAUUAGUUGUUAGUGUGCACUUAGUCAUUGGUUUCUAGUAGUGUUCAUAAUGAUUCAAAGGUAAAAAUAUGUAUUUAAUUGUAUGAUAUACUUUGAAAAUUGAUUUUUUUUUAGUAUGAUCGCAUGUGUGGUUGUGAGUAUAUCCACUAUAGAGAAAACAACCAUUUAUAGCAUGCUCAUAUUGAAUAAUUUUCGUGUUGGGUAACAAAUCAUGAUCAGAAUAACAUUCAAAUUAACAAAAUCCGUAUAUCAGAAGGGCUUUUGUGGAAAUUUCAGUAAUUUCAGUAGUUGGGAUCAUGAUUCGAUUGAAGCUAGACCACCAUGGGAAACCUAAAAGCACUGGACGGCCGUUUCGUCCUAUUGUGAAACUCAUCAGUGGCAGUGCGCAUCCACGAUCCCACCUCACGAGUUUCGAAUUUUAAGUUAGACAAUAACACCGUUGGAUGCCGGCUUAGUGGUCUAGAGGUUGGGCAUUCGCGCGCGACGCCUGGUUUCGAAUCUCGCAAGGCUGGAUCGUGGAUGCGCACUGCUGAGGAGUCCCACAUUAGGAUGAAACGGCCGUCCAGUGGUUCCAGGUUUUCCAUGGUCGUCUAGCUUCAAUUGAUUCAUGAUCUCAACUACUGAAAAUCCGUAUAAUCUUAGCCGUGUUUCUAUUAAUUUUCGUUUGUAUAAGUCGCUACAUCGAAAGAAAUUGAUAUUCCAUGUAUCAACAACGUGGAACUUCUGUACCUAGAAAUAAAGUUGAUGUGAUAAAACAACCCAAAAUUCAUUAUUUGUUACAUUUAGUGAAUGAAAAUCGAUAGAAGAUGAACAAAAACGAAUAUAUAGGUUUAGUUUAUUCAUGCGUAGAUUGGUUUCAGAAAAAAUCAACUACUGAAACAUAUUCUACAGCUUCCCAAAUUUAAUAUAAAUACUUUACAUUACUUAGUAAACAAUAAGUAGUUAAACUUUAUAACGUAAAAAAUGACAGAAGUAUCAUAUUUGACUCAAUGAGUAUAUAUUAUUACAUCAAUCUGAUAAAAAAAAAAGAUAAACUGUGACAUUUCUUUAGCGUAUCAAGAAAAUAUGAUUCAACAUGAUGUAUUAAGGUCACUACUUGAUACAACAUAAUUUUGUACCAAUUACAACCAACUUUCACCUAGUUACAUUGAAAUAGUCUUUAUCUUAACACUUCAAAAUAUUGUGUGAUUAAAUUUUUUGGUGUAUGAAAGAUUUAACAAAAAAUGACUUUCAAAUUUUAUACAUUGUAUAUCAGCAUUAAUUUUGAAAGGUAUAUUAUGUAAUAACCUGUAUGUUCGAGUGUCAGUCGGUUGAUUAUGAAUUUAAUGGUCUUGAGUGUUGUUAAAGUUAUGAGGGCUGUCAUCACUUCCCGGUUGCCCAUACAGUAGAAGGGUUCUUCUGGAGGUACCUGAGAAGGAAAUGGGGCUAGAGGUAGUGUUAGUGACUUGAGAGCAUGACCGCAAUGCCCAAAGAAAAACUGCUUGAGGUCGGUCACACGCGACCUCUUCGUGAGUAAUUUUCGUGUUAGCUCUGUACUUGUUGAGAUCUUACUGCCGGAGACGGAUAUGUAUGGGAUAAAGCGAGGUAUAAAUUUUAAGGGUCGACCUUUUCUAACCCAUCCCCCUUUUAGAAAGGCAGUAUUGCUGUUAUGCUGGUUGUCUGAAGGAAACACCUGUACAGUCAGCAGUACGACUUCACCUUCGGACUUUCGGUUUGCUCCUUUUAGUCUUACCGGUCUUCAACCGACCUGUCUGGCAUUGUAUGACCUUUAGAAAAAUUGUUCGAACCAGUAUGGCUUGAAUGGUUCAUCACAAUAGGUAUGCCCGACCACCACGUCAAGAUAGCAACAACGAUAGGGGGUGUUUGAAUGUAUCUGUUUAUGAAAGUCAAAGUUGAUACUCAGUGAUAUAAUUUUCUUUUUUCUAUGAUUACUCUUUGGUACGAUUUUUACUUCUUUACCGUAUAUACAUAAAUCUUUAAUUAAUUCAAUUGCAAAAUUGUCGAACAAAUCAAUCUAUCCAAUAUUCCCCGGUAUUUCUAGUUCAAUUAUGAUUGUUAAUGUUGUAAGGUUCUUGGAGAAAGUUUUGAUUUACCUAACUAAUCAAAAGCUUGCAAAGGAAUUCUGGAAGACGAUAGGCUAUGUUAUCCUCUUUCUCAUCGAAUUAUCAAAAUCGUUAACAAUUUUAGCAUGUAUUUUAAAAGCUUCUAAACUAUCACUAUCAUAUAUUGUCAUAUAAAUCCAUUUAUUUUCCAUUUAUGUGCUUAAAACGUUUUCUACACGUUACGCUCUCUGUUUUAUUUUAUUUUUCUUGAAUUUCAAGUGUAACAGAGAAUUAUGGUAAUUGUAAAGCACUUAGGGAUUCUCAGUUUAGAGUUGUGGAGAUUAUUAAGUUUUUGAUUGAGAUCAUGGGCCGAUUGAUGCUAGAACACCAUGGAAAACCUGAAAGCACUGAACGGCAGUUUCGUCCUAUUGCUUGACUCCUCAGCAGUGCGCAUCCACGGUCCCACUUGCAGGAUUUGAACCCAGGGCCUUCGAUCUCGCACACGAACGCUGAACCUCUAGACCACUGGGUCGGCAUCCAACGGUCGGGAUUGAAUGCGUAGUGCUGAGGAGUCCGGCAAUAGAACGAAACGGCCGUUCAGUGCUUCCAGGUUUUCCAUGGUUGUCUAACAUUACUCGGUUCAUGAUCUUAAUCAGAAACUUAAGGAUUCGUCGUUUUCAUUAAAUGUAAAAUAAAAUUCGUAUUCCUUCAUUAAUUACCUUUCAAAUGAGUUUCAUUUUGUGUUAAUCUGUUUGUUACAUGAUUGUUCAAUCUUUUGAUUAAUUUGUAUUGUAUAUCAAUAAAAUCCAUCUUUUUUGGUGUAUAAUUUUCUAUUAUUUGCACUAUUCAUAGCACAAUUCUGACAAUCAUUCAUUUCAUUAUACAUAAUUCACAUUAUACUCUUUAGUUAUAACAUCUGAGUUUCUGUUUGAGUGUUGUCUGUUUGUUUGUGUUAAACAGUUAUCUUAUAACUUCAAUUGUUACUGUCUGUUGUGACGUGCUAUGUCCAAAAUUUGAUACUGAUACAUGUUGUACUAAGUGCUAACUCUCCAUCUGACUGCUUGAACGAGAAAAUGUGUUUGACUACCGUAUAAAAUACACACAUAUUCAUAUAUAUCACCCUAUCCUUAAGAAGUUGACCCAUUGACGUAAUUAAAUGCAAUUGACCUUUAAGUGACUUCUGAUUAUCAUUGAUUGACCCUUUCAUCAGGUUACUUCUGAUUGGUUCUCUAUAUCACUAUCACCAUCCGUAAUAAUAAUAAACUUUGUAAUUUGUGGAGUAAUUUGUUUCAUAUUGUUGAUCCGUAAUCACUAACUAAAUUCAUUAUAUUAUUGAUGUAUAUCACUCUGUAAAUCAAUGACUAUAUGAUCCCAUUAUACAUGUCAGUAGUUAGAAAAUUAAAGCAAUCAAGAAUGUCAUUGUUGCUUUUUGAUAUAAAGAUUUUUAUUCACUAGAUAUUGUUUACUUGAAUCUUCUCAUCGAUGUUUAGGAUUGCAGUUGAUUAGUCAAUCUCUUAUUAGCAUAUGUGCAUACUGUGCGUAUUGCCUUAAUUCACAAGCAUUAUAAGCUAAGAUGGAUAGUGGCUAACAGUGGAAUCCAGGGCGCACGUUUCGUCCUAUUUAGAACUCGUCAACUGGAUGUACCUACAUCUUAGAGUUGAUGUUCACUCUGGAAUGUGAACCCAUUAGCUAAGUGGAUAACGCGAUUGUGUUUGAAGCAAACCGUACAUUCCAGAUGAUGAGUCGCAAAUAGGACGAAAUUCUCAUCAAACUGUAUUCCACUGCUAGCCACUAUCCAUCUUUGUUUAUAAGAAAUUUUACUAUUCAUGGAAUGUAGUCUUUUUAGAAGUCAACACUUUGAUGUUAUUGAUCAAUGAGAUAGGAUAUUUUUUUCCACUUGAGAUUUUGUAUUUCACACUGUUACAUAGUCUGAAUACUCUUAUUGGCUAAUCGAUUUAGUCGUCGAACUAAUCAGCAUAAAUCAUUCAAUCAAUUUUUAGAUUGUACUCAUUAAAUCGGUCAUAUCAAAGAUCAUUAACUGUUAAAUGUUUUCAUAGUAUCGAUUAUCUAUCAUAAUAACUGUAGUUGUAAUAUACUUUAAUUUCAUACAGUAAGGAGUGAUCAGUACUAGUUGCAUAAUAUUCCAAAAAUGUUUUUGUGAAAUAUGCUGUGUUGUAAUAAUCCAAGAAUAUAGAUAAUGUAAAUGUUUAAUCAAUGAUGAUGAUCUAUGAAUUCUGUUUCUAUGACCAUAGAACUUUAGACAUAGUUUUCGUUGUUAAUUUAUAUACCUUUCUUGUUCAUUAACUGAAUGUUAGUUAUUCAAAUAUUCCUGAAAAUCUGAUAACUAUAUCCAUUUAGAAAUUAAGUAUUGUGAUGUUAAACAAAGAUGGAUAGAGGCUAGCAAUGGAAUCCAGUUUAACACGCGUUUCGUCCUGUUUGGGACUCGUCAGCUGGAUGUACCUGGAUCUCAGAGUUGAUGUUCAUACCGCGACUCGAACCCAAUACUGUUGACUUCAAACGCCAUCAUAUUAUCCACUUAGCUACUGAGUCCUGAAACGCUCACCAAACUAGAUUCCACUGCUAAGCACUAUCCAGCUUUGCUUAAAAAAAGCUUGCUACUUAGGGCUAUAUCAAGGCAAUCCGCGCAGGAUGCACAUAUGCCAACAUGAGACUAAUCCGUUGCAGUUUUUAAAUAACAAUGGGAAGAUACAAGUAGAACAACACUAAGUGAAUUAUUAUAAUGUUAUUUUAUCAAAUCGAUUGGUUUGUUGUAGCAAGUCAUAGAAUCCCCUUGUUUAUACCAUUGAUUCAAUUCUUUGCUUUCCCUUCAUUUCUGUAUUUAUUUAAAUGAAUCCUUAGAUGUUGGUCUUGAAUUAUCGUUAACUGAUCAAUUUUGUCAACAACAUUUUCCAAUUGGGAUUCUAUUGAAUCAACUUAGUUGUUUAUUAUCUGGUUGUAUAAAUACUGGAAGUUGGGCAAUACUUAGAUCAACAUCAAGUCAACAUUAUAAACAACCUAUUACAAUAUUACGUAAUCUAUUAAUUAAACAUACACUUGAUCCUCGUUAUCGCAAUUCUAAAGUAAUUCAAGCUAGAAUUUGUACAUUAUAUCUUCCAUUGAUUCGUUUAGUGUUGGAUCAUUGGGAUUCAUUUGGACCUCCAGGUGGUGCUCUACAAACAGCUGUUAUUGCAGCUGCAGUACGUCGAGAUUAUGAAGAAUCUUUACAACUGACUGAUGGUCAUAGUAAUUCUAGUACAUUGAAUACAUCUCGUCGUCAACAUUCUAUUGAUAAAUCAAAUAAAUUAAAUAAAUCCAAUAUUUCAGGUAAUAUAACUAGUCAUAUUAACAGUAUAUCACAUUAUCGACCACAAAGUAUGCUUAGUGAUUAUUCAUUAGAAACAAUUAAUAAUAACAAUCAUUCACGACAACAACAACAACAACAGAACACAAUGAAUUCUGACAAUGGAUCAUAUGAUUCUUAUUUAUCCAUAACUAGUAGUAGUCAUUCAUUUUCACAGACUGGUAGUAGUGGUAGAAAAUCUUCUCUAUCAAGUGAUCAAAGUGAUGGUCGGUCAACAAACAGCGGUUCUGCAACUGGCGCUUCUACUACUACUACUACUGCUAAUGCUGCUUAUUUAACUAAAGAUGGCAAAGUACAAAAGCAUAUAUUAGAUCAAAUUGCUGGAGUUAAUCAAGGUGGCGCUCUGCAACGUGUACAAAGAAUACGUCAUCAAGACACUUCAUCUAUACCGCCAUCAUCAACAACAAUUAUCACGUCGUCCAUCGAAUCUAAUGUACCAUCGAUAAUAUCUAACCAAUGUCCACGUUCUCAUUCGAUUCAUUCUGUGGAUAGUGCACAAAGUGGAAAUUGUGUUUUAUCAAGUCAUACAAGUAGUAGUACACUGACAUUAACGGGUCCCGAUGUGGAUAAUAAUAAUAAAGAUCAUAUAAAUGGUCUAAAUGGAGGUAAUCAUAUAGAUGAGAAUGAUAACAUUAAUAAUUUAAUAAGUGAUUACAAAAAUAAUGAAAUCAACCAGAAUCACAAUGAACUAAAUAACGAUCAAGAUUGGGCAAAACAAGUUCUUACAUUAGCUGGUAUUUAUACAGAUCGUAUUAAUGAUGUAAAAUCAAUGAGUUCAGUGAGUCCACAAUCUGUUAUAUCUAAUCCUUCUAUUGGAAUUCCAUUAGAAAUGAAUGUUUCAGAGAUGGAAAAUUCCGACAAUGUUCAUCAACAUUCUCAUUAUCAUAAUCAUUUACCAUUUCAUCAAAAUAUACAAUCUAAUCAUCAAAAGAUAUUUAUUCCUGAAUUAUUAUUAAUUAAACAACCUAUUAUACGUUCACAUAUUCAUCGUCGUCCAUAUGAAUUAAAUAAUAUAGAUGCACCACGUCGUUUAACUGAUAAUUGUCAACGUGAUUUAUAUAUUUGUAUAUUACAUAUUAUGUCUACUAUAACAUUAGUACAUUUAAAAUGUUUAUUUCAUAGUUUUACUAUACAAGAAAGAUUACAUUUUUUGAAUAUAUUAAAAUUUUCUAUUCAACAUCUACGUUAUCGUGGCAAACAUUGUAUUCAACAAUAUGAACACAUAAGUCACAGUAGUGUUGGACGAACUGGUGGUACUGGUCAUCUCCUUCAUAUGAGCAAUGCACUAGCUAGUAAUGCUGCUUCUCGUAAAAAGAGUAAACAUUUACAAAGUGAUCUGUUAACUAAAAAUGUUAAUGAACUAACCCCUGAAGAAGGACAUGAUAAUAUACCAAAAAUGAAAGUUUUAUUAAAAGCGAAUUUGGCAACUGAAUCAAGCUUGAUAAUCUUAGAUUUGUUGAGUACGUUUACAACAGUUUUUAAAUCAGAAUUGAAUCUAUGUAAACCAAAUGAUCCAGUAUUUUGUUCAUUAAUUGAAACGUAUAUAUGUAUAUUAUCUAAUAAUCCAUCUGAUUAUGUAAUACGUCAUACAUUUUCUGCAUUACGUGUAUUUAUUAAUCAAAAUUCACAGACUCUCUUCUCUGAAUCAACCGAUAUUCUAAGCAUGCUUUGUUUAGCUGGUUUAAGAUGUUCUAAUCAAUGUUUUCUUUCAUUAUCAUCGGUUAUCUCUUCUCCAUCAUUAUCAGUUUCAUCAAUACCACCACCAUCACGAACAACAGCAACAACAACCGCAUGCCCUAUUUCCAACUCGACUGAUUCCAAUACUAAUACUCUAUCGGAUAAAAAUUCUCAAAUAUCAUUUCUAAGUAAUAAUAUUAAUACAACGUCGUCUGACACAACAGCAUCUAUCAAGUAUAAACCUCCAAUACUAUCUAGAUUGAAAAAUAUUGAAAUUAAUGAUACAAAUCAGAUUAUAUCAAAUACUAGCCAUUUUAAUCAUAGUAAUGAUUAUGAUAAUAGUAAUAUGAAUAAUCAAGCAUUGAUAAGUAGACUUUGUCUAGAUGCAUGCGGUUUCUUAUAUCGUUUAUGGAAGUGUAGUUUUGAAACACAUCAACAAGUUGGAUUUCAUUGUGUACAUUUACAGACAAUUAUUGCUAUAUCAAAACUUGUAAGUGAACUAAGUCCCGGUUUUGAAGCAAGUUUAAGUCUUUUGCAUAGUUUAGCACAAACUGAUAUGCAAAGAAUUUCAGAAUCAACUUCGACAAAGUCAUUAACUACAACAGUAACAACAACAUCGUCGUCAUCAUCUGGGAAGUUGUUUUGGACUGAUUCAAAUAUUCGUUUAUUCUUAGAUGAUAUUGACGAUUUAAUUCAUCGUAUAUUAACUGUAUUAACUGCUACUGCUGAAAUGCGUCGACAUUGUGAUGACCCUGAGCGUAUAGUUGACUUACAGUAUGCACUAGCUAAAUCGUACAGUAGUAAUCCAGCAUUAAGACGUACAUGGUUAGAAGAAUUAGUCAAAUUACAUAUGAAUUCAAGAAGUUUCACAGAAUUAGCUAUGACUAAAUUACAUAUUGCUGCAUUAAUGGCUGAAUAUUUAAAACGUAAAGGUAAUUCACUUAUAAAUUUGUAUAUACAUUUUUACCAAAAUAUAUAUAUGUAUCUAUGAGUUUACCUUCAAAAUAAUCGUUCGAACUCAGUUUAUCUUACUUUCUUACUUACCUGCUUACUUACUCCUGUUACUCUUCGUGGAGGAGUGUAGACCACUCACCAACCAACAUUCUUCAUCAUACUUUAUACUGGCCAAUCCUUUUGAUAUCUACUUCCAAUUCUCAACUCAAUGUAUACUUUAACCUUUCUCUUUUCUGUUUCCUUUCAAGAUUCCAAUUGUAUCAAUUAAAAGAUAAUAACUAAGUUAAUGAAUGAAUUCUUAGAGUAGCUUUCAAAUAAUUCGAUUUAUUUUUAAUUUCUAUUCAUAGAUAUGAAACAAUUUAAUCUGGUAAAUUUUCGUUUCCCCUUUUGAUCUUUACAAUUCUCAUUUGAUGUGUACAUUGUUUGCUUAAUACGUUACUACUAUUGUUUCUUUAAUUCUUAUCAGUAUAAGGGUUGUGGAGAUUGUUAAGUUAUUGAUUGAGAUUAUGAGCUGAUUGAUGUUAGAUCACCUGAAAGCAUGUGUCGGGUAGAGACAAAUAUCUAUUUCAGUACAAUGGAAGAUGGUCGCGAAAUUUGGUGGUUUGUUUGAAGUUAGACAUUAACACCGUUGGAUAUUGGCCGAAUCAGUGGUCUACUAGGUUGAGCGUUCACGCGUAAGACUGAAGGCCGUGGGUUCAAAUCUCAUGAGCGGAAUUGUGAAUGCACACUACUGAAGAGUCCCACAAUAGGACAGAACAACUAUCCAAUACUUCCAGCUUUUCAAUGGUGGUCUAACAUCAAUAGACUCAUGAUUUCAAUCAUUAUCUUCAAUUCUUGGUUGAAUGAAAAUUGAUUGUUAUCACUUAAUCACCUUGAAACUUCUCAACAGUUCACAUCCACGAUCCUACACAUGGAACUCGAGCUCAGGACAUUCGAUUUCACACGUGAAUAUCUAGCAUUCAAUGAUGUUAAUGUCUAACUUUAAUCUAUUCAUGAUGUUGUGCAACCGUUUAUACAUGAUCUGAAAUGGAUAACUUUCUCAUAUCCAAUAUCACUUGAACUUCAUUGGUUAUAGUUUCUCACUAGGACUACAAGAAAUUCAUCUUGAAUCUAAUCUCCAAUGGGGGGGGUGAUGUUUAGUAAUUGUAAUAUUUUCAUAAUUGAAUUCACUGAUCGAUAUUGCCACGAGUUGUAUUAUGUCAUUAUGGUGUAAUCAAAAUAUUCAAUAUAUUGAUUGAGAUGUUCAAUAUUUCAGUCAUACAUCACAAUAUGCUCACAUAUAUAUGUGAACGUAUUGUGAAUAGUGAGACGAAGGACAAUUCUAUUUCAAUAAACAAUAAGCAUCAACUAGAAAAUUUGAGAGAAAGAAAAAAAUUCUCUGCCUUUCUUUGUUUUUAUCAGUUUAGGGGUUGUGGAUAUUGUUAAGUUUUCGAUUGAGAUCAUGAACCGAUUGAUGUUAGACCACCAUGGAGAACCUAGAAGCACUGAAUGGCCGUUUCGUCCUAUUGUGGGAUUCCCCAGUGGUAGUGCACAUCCACGACCCCGCUCGCGGGAUUCGAACCUAUGGCCUUCAGUCUCUCACAGCGAACGCUCAACCUACCAGACCACUGAGACGGCAUCCAAUGGUUCAUGAUCUGAAUUAAAAAACUUAACAAUCUCCACAACCCCUAAACUGAUAAUUACCAUGUGUUCACUAGUAACUAGCUUCGUGAGAAAAUUCUCGGAGUUCUAAUGAGAAGCCGUGAUCAAUGGAGCUAAUCCGUGUCGAGUAGAAACAGGUAUCUACCUUAGUACAAUGGAAGAUGGUUGCGCAAAUUUUUAGAUUUUUUGUUUUUGUUUGUUUGUUUGUUUGUUUUAUUUUGUUUUGUCAAAUGUUUAUUAUGUUGAAUUUAUUGAUUGUAAACGAGAAAACGAGAGAAAGAAAAAGAAUAAACUUUGUCUAAUAUAAUGUAAUCAUAUUUACUUUUUCAUUUAGGUAUUUUAGAUUGUAAGUUAGUUUUGUUUUAAUAUUUAUACUUGGUGCAAAAUUAGUUUGUACAUUUGUUUGUUUGUUUAUCCUUUUGUUUGUUUGUUUGUGUGUGUGUGUGUACAUACGCACACAUCUAUUACAUGAUUAUUUAUUUGCAUAGAUGCACUACUUAUAUUACCAGACUACUCAUUUACUGACUUAUACUCAAUUACAGACACAUACAUAUACACACACACACACACACGAGCAUGCAUCUAUUUUGUUUACAUGUACACUAGAUGCAUAUUUUAUUUUGUAUGUUGAUUAUCUCAUAUGAAGUAUGUUUGUUUAUUGAAUCAAAGGGUAUGUCUGAUGUGAUAGGUAGCGAAGGGGGGGGUGAUACGAUCUUCUUGAUAUUGACAGAGAGAGAGAGAUUCUAAUGGAAUGUUUAUGUAUGUUUACAUAUGUGAUUACAUAAUCUAUGUAUAUUUGUAUUACAUAUAGAUUGAAAUGUAAAUGAAAAGAUUAAAUGAUGGUUAGAGAUCAUAGUGUUCUAUUGUUAAAUUUAAUGACAUUUAAAACAAAAACAAGCCAGAAACAAAAAAAAAGUGUUCCCAAUUGAUUGUUUAUUUAAAUAAAUAUCAUACUCUCAAAUUUUAACUUGUAUGUAAACAAAAACACUGUUGCAUACCGACUCAGAGUGGUCUAAUGGUUAAGCACUCGUGUGCGAGACUGAUAGGUCCUGGGUUCGAAUAUCGCGGCGGGGGGGGGCGGUAUUGUGGAUGCGCACUACUGAGUGAGUCUUAUAAUAAGACGAAACGGUCGUCCAGUGCUUCCGAGUUUUCCAUGAUGGUCUAGCUUCAAUUGACUCAUGAUGUCAACUAUUCCAAUUACUAAAAAAGAAACAAUCAAAGAAAAAGAUAAAACACUCUAAAGAAAGAAAAUACUUUUCUUGUCCAUCGAAUUUAUGUUUUCACUAUAUUAGAAAGUGAUAUUAAACUAAUCAAUAUGUGUAUAGAAGAAUGAAUGUUGUUUAUAUGUGAAAGAGUUUUAAUUCAAAUAAUCAACUAGUCAUUAUUCCAUUAUCUUGAUCUGUACUCAUUUGUAUAAGGUAAAGUUAUGAAUCUUCAUUGAUGGAGGAAGUUACUAAGACAUGUAUUAUGUAUAUUCAACCACUCCUUACUUCAAUAUAUAAUGGUAAUUUGAGAAGAUUGAAAGAAAGCUAGAGUCGCCCAAACCUGACGUCGAUGAAUUUGUUAGUUGUCCGUUUGAGAUAUAUCAGUUAGUGUAGACUGUUUGAUAAUAGAUCUAAAAGAUUAUUGUAUUGGAUGACAUGAUUCAGAAUUGAUCACAAUGAGGUAGAUGCAUUCACUACUCUUAUCCCAUUAAACCUUCGAUUUUUAAAAUUGUUUUAUACAUUUCAUUCAUCAAAUUCAUUCAUUCUUUUCAUAGAUGAAUUCAUGAGUCCAUUGAAGCUAGACAACCAUGAAAAUCCUGGAAGCACUGGACGCCCGUUUCCUCCUAGUAUGGGACUCUCUCAAUAGUGUGCAUCCAUGAUCUCGCUCAUGGGAUUCGAACCUAGGGUCUGCACACGAACGCUGAACAUUUAGACCACUGAAUCGACUCAUGAAUUCAACUAGUGAAUUACUAAAAUCUUCACAAAACCUCUAUCUGAAAACAAUCAUUCAUUCUUCUUAAAUCAUAUUGUCUAUACUUAAUGUUUUCUAGUUCUGCUUAUACUGUUACUAUAGUUAUUAAUCAUUUCAUCUAUCUAUAUUGAUAUGAUAUAGUAACUUGUUCAGAUCUACCUUUGUUCCAAUUUCUUUAAAUUAAGCAUUAAGAUCAUCCAUUAAACACUAUAACAUAUUUCAUACACACUACAGCAAUACUUACUUUAGACAUGUGUUCACAUAAUUGAAUUGAUCUAUUUUAGUAUAGAAUUAACCGGAGAACCAUGUAAUAUUCGAUCAUUUUUUAUAUUUGAUCAUAUUUCCUUGAAACAAACAAAAAAAAACUGGAUCAGAUUGGAUCCUUUUAGUUUAUAUUAGUGAAUUAUCAUCUUGUUUAGAUUAAACUACAAUGAAAAUUAUUUAGUAUAAAUAUAUGUAUCAUUUUAGACAUCUUAUCUGUGUAUAUGCAUGUAUAUCUUUAUUGCCCGACCAAAACAUGGCACAAGUCCAUGAAGUCACUGACAAGUGGACUGAGCCAUAUUAGUAGGUGUAGACUACCUGGUUGGGGUCCGCGAGAUAAUAGCAACCGAUGGAUAGAGACCCUGAAUGACAUGGCUCAAAAUCGUUUGCAAUGGCGCAGGUGCAUCUACUCUUUGUGUUCUCCGAAAUUCUAAUCUUCUGAAUUCUUCAUGUCCCUUUUUUUUCUCUUUCCAAAUUUAUUUCACUGUAUUAUACUCUUUAAAUAACAUAUUCAAACCCUAAACUUUCCGAUUACUGCUUAUACUCUUACUACCUUUACCACUACGGGAUUUGAAUCGACCACUGCAUCUCUGUGCUAAUGUGGUGUGGCAACUCGAACUGAUGUACGUACGUACAAAGUUCUACGUUGUUACUGACUGACUGCAUAUCUUUAUUGAUUUAAACAAGUAAACAUUGGUACAAGGAGGUACCAUAGAUAUAUUGCGCCAGACUUUAUCAUUCGAAUUUUGUAAGAGCUGGUAUACUGCCUGGACACCCAAACCAAAAUAGGUGGUUCCUUUCGACAGCCACUUCCCAGAGCAUUAACUUACAGGUCUAAUCCAUAAGAAAGUGGAACAACGUUAGGAAAUACAGUCUCGUAAUAGCUGGUGACUAACAACAGGUUGUUUUUUAGGAUCACAAACCAUUUGUUUGGAAUCAGGAUUUUCCAGCUAUCCUAACUGGAUGCUCUUAAAUCAACAACCUGGUUAAAGCACCGAAUAUUCACUUUUCGUAUUGUCAAUUUCGUAAACAACACUUCCACCUCGAGAAGGCAAUGAAUAGGAAUUCCCUGACAGUUGUUAUAUACAUGUGGCCAUUAUAGAGGCAACCCAGUUUUCGCAUCGGCCAUUCACAUUUCGUUCUCUUAAUUUCGUAAACAAUAUCCCUUUCACGAUUAGGCAGUGAAUAGGACUUCUAUGUUAGUGGCUGUGUAUAUAUGGCCAUGUGAGAGCGUUUCGAUAGGGAUAGUGAAUUCUCUUCACCCUCGACUAUAUCAAAGUAUUUAGGGGCAAAUUCAUAUUGUUACCUAAUAAAAUCCUUUUCUUCUAUUUACCUUGGUGUAGAUUUCGUUUGUUAAUAUCACUAAUUUUUAUUCGGUAAUUUUUCAAUCUUUUUACACUUUACUACUUCUGUGUUAUGGAUUUUGAAUUGCAAUUGAUUCAUAUGUAUCUAAAUUGGAACUUUUGAUUUACAUCGAAUUCAUUGAAUGUUUUGUGUAUACCAUUUGAUUAUGAUGCAUGUAUUACUUUCUUUCAAUGCACACUCAUCUUCUAAUACCCGUCGUGUAUAGGGGAAUCAAUCAACUAUUUGGUUAACUAAUCGGUUAAUGUGCAUUUGAGAUGUUUAUUAAAUGAAUUUUUAAUGGUGACUAAAUAAUGAACACUUUUUUUACAGAUUUUCUUAAAGUAGAAUGUAUUAACUCAUAUUACCCUAAAAUGUUUUGGGACUCUAUUUCCAAUCAUAGAAUAACUAACAUUCAACUGAAGAGUCCCAAAAUAGGACGAAACGCGCGUCAAACUAUCUAUCGUUGCUUGAAGAUGUUUGUAACUUAAGUCACUAUCGAGGCAGUCAGCACAAGAUGCACAUAUACCAACAUAAGACUGAUCGAUUGCAAUCCUAAAUAAUAAAGGGAAGAUACAAGUAUAACAACAUCAUCUGAAUAACCAAUACUGUGUUUUUAUUUUAUGCUAGUCAUUUGACAUUUGAAAGACAAUACUCAGUUAUAAAUAAUAUAUUUUCGUUGUUUAGAUCUUUUCAUGAAUGUGUAUUACACUACAAUUGAUUAGUCCAUGCACGUAUGUCCAGUUGACAAAUGCCAAUUCAGCAGUAACACUCUCUCUUGAUUCAAUUUUCCAUCUCUACAUCAAACUCUCAAGUUUAGUAAAUACAUAAUGGCUAAUAUAUAAAGGCAUCUUCAUAACUGCUAGAGUUGAAGCUAUCACGAGUUCACUUAAUCUGCGAACGAGAAACAAGACUCAGUGACCAAAAACCAUUUAAGAUAUUUCCCAAGUGGGAAAUAUAACAUGAAGGUGACAAGAGUGCCUUUGGCGCGAAAACAAAGAAAUUCAAAUUUUCUAAAUAAAAUUAUAAAAUUAGGUCCUUUUCCAAGUAACUUCUAGGGAUCUAACAUCCCCAUCUCUACAUCAAACUCUCAAGUUUAGUACAUGCAUAAUGACUAAUAUAUAAAGGCUUGCUCAUACAUAACCUUAUCAGAAUGAAAUCUCUUAUUCACCAUAACUUAGUGAUAGAAUGUUUAUAGUUAAAUAUUGAUUCAUAUAUUCAUUUCUAUACUUAUGAAAAUAAUGACCCCCUUCCGUCCGUUUUUUUUAUUGUUGUUUUAGGUGAAUUUCCUCAAGGAUGUAAUGCAUUUAAAACAAUUUCAUCUAAUAUUUACAUAGAAGAAAAUGGAUUAAAAACAGAUUCUACAGUAUUAGAAAUUUCUUAUACACAAGUAAAUAUAUCAGAAAGGGAUUGUGUUUAUUUAUUUUUUUGUGUGGAUAUUAUAGGUAAUUUCAAUAGUUCAGAUCAUAAAUCAAUUGAAGUUAAAUCACUAUGGUAAACCUGAAAGCAUUAGAUGGCCAUUUCGUUCUAUUACCGGACUUCUCAGCAGAUUCGAACUCAGAACCUAUCGGUCUUGCACGUGAGCAUUUAACUACUAGACCACUGAAUUGGUAUCCAACGGUGUUAAUGCCUAAUUUCAACUUCGAAACUCGUGGGUGGGAUCGUGGAUGUGCACUGUUGAAGAGUCCUGCAAUAGGACGAAACGCUCGUCUAGUUCUUCCAGGUUUUUCAUAAUGCUCUAGCUUCAAUUGACUCAUGAUCUUAACUAUUGAAAAAUAUACGUUUAUUUAUCGUUUAGUAAAUACAAUGAAGCGUUCAUAUAAUUAUUGUAAAUUUAUAUACUACUGAAAAGGAUUGCUUAGAAUAGAGUUCGACGAACAAUCCUACUUGAGCGGUCUAUAUUCUUACCUAGGAGAGUUAACAUGCGUAAGUUAGUAAAUAAGCCAUAUACUAUAUUGAUAAUUAGGUGAAUUUUCUCUGUGUGUCGUUUUUUAACAAAAAGCAAAUGACUUAAGUUUUAAUGAGUAAGGUGAAUAAUCUACGUACGUAUUAUUGCGUCCAUCUUUUUUUGCAUGGUCGAUCAUUUACACGAAUUCUCACGUUCCAAAAAUCUUCAAACUAGAAUAUCAGAAAGUGUUACAAGGGGGGGUCUUUUUAACACAGAGAAUGUUUAUAAGUUAUGAGUAUUCGGUCAUACUUACUUUCAAAACAUUGCUUGCGUAUGUUAUGACUACCGAGUGAGCUACAGCAAAGUUAAACGAAGUGUACUACUAGCUGCAGAUGACAAAUCGAUCGAUAAGGUGGUGAAUUUUUAUUCGUGGAGGUGAUCAAGGCAUUUAUUAUGUAAGCCUAAUUAACUACCGCUUUCGACGACUCGUGUUAGCUGACAUAGGAGCAGAAAUAGGUUGAAAGAAACUUAAAGGGGCAGUUAAAUCAAAACAUGGCAUCAAUUUAUGUUUGUUGAACUGAGCUGUAUAGGUAAGUACAGAAUACCUAGUUAGGUGUUCUUGAGUGUCGUAGCUAGUUGUUGGCGAUGUUGAUUGAAAGGUUUCAGAAUCUGUCGUAAUAGCCCAGGUGUAACUAUUCUUUUUCUUCUCUUAGACCCUGAGUUUCAUGUUAUUUUAUAGUUGAAUACCGUUAAUUUGGCCAUCCCUGAUAAUACUCCUACAUUAAUAUUUAUCUUACUAACUUCAUCAUACUUCGCUUUUGCGGUGUAGAAACUUUGAUCAAUGAUUAUUUUUGCUAGAUUAAUCAUUGCUCAUAACAUUCUGACAUUAUUUAGAUUCAUAAUUUACUCUAUUAGACAAGUAAAAUGCAAUAACACUAUAUUCGAUCAUUUACUAGUCUCUAAUAGGUGUACUUUACUAAUAUGUUUUCUUUACAAAGUUGAAUAAUAGAUUAAUAGUUAAUUUUUAACGGUUGAGAUCAAUUGAAAGUCAAUUGAAGCUAGAUUAACAUGAAAAUCCUGGAAGUACUGAACGGCCGUUAAUUAGCCCUAAUUUCUAAUCUUUACAAUGAUAUUUAUUAUUAUUUAUUUGAACACAUAAAUAUUGGUACAAGAGGACACCAAAUAUAUAUGCGCCACACUUUUGUGUGUGGGCUGUGAUACUGCACGGGUGCCCAGACCAAAACAGGUGGUUUUCUUAGGAGGCCACAUCACGAGCCUUCAACCUGAAGGUCUGAUCCACGAGGCAGUGGAGCAUCGUGAGGAGAUGCAGUCCCAUGAUAGCCGGUGACCAAAAAUUGGUUCAUACGCCAUUUUUUCUCUCAGGAUACUGGAGUCCAUGUGCACCAUUGGUUUAGGAUCCGGUUAAAGCGCCGGACAUUAACUUUUCGUCCUCUCAUUUUCGUGAACAACACUCCCACCACAAGAACGCAGUGAGUAGGAAUUCCCUGGCAGAGGCUGUAUACGCGUGGCCGUGUGAGAGUAUUUCAAGAGGGAGUGCGGGCCCACCCUACUCUCAGCCAUAUCAGGGCAUUUGGGGGCUUACAAUGACAUGAAUGUCCUAAUACAAGAAUACAUUCAAAAGUUCACAAUUACCAUCGGCUUCAGUACUCAUCUUAUAUAUCCUAUCUAAGUUACUAUCUGAGUAUUGUAUCUCUCAUUACUUGUUUCAGUUCCAAACAUUGAUUGUUUUCUCAUCUACCAUUAUUUUAAUUCAAUUUGUAAGGGGAAUUGUGUUAUUCUUUCUUUUUGGAUAGUUUCUAAUGAAUUCCAACUAGUCUUGGUUACUAUAUCUAUAUCCUGUACAGAUUACUCUUCUAUAAUCAUUAUGUCGUUAAUAUUUGUAGAAUAUUAGAUGAGUUUUGUGAAUAUUAUAGUAAUUUCAAUGGUUAAGAUCAUGCAUACUGUUGAGGAGUCCCACAGUAGGAUGAAACGACUGUCCAGUGCUUCCAGGUUUUCCAUGAUGGUCUAGCUUCAAUUGAUUCAUGAUCUUAACCAUUGAAAUUUAUAGAAUAGAUAUGAUAUUUAUCUUUUUUUGUUUUUAAUCUUCACUUUUCUUUAAGGAGAAUUUAUUAACAGAUUUGAAUGAAGCUGCAUUAGCCCUAGAAUCUGCUGGUUUAUAUGAAUGUAUACAACCUGUGUAUAAUUUAAUUUUACCAAUAUAUGAAUCUAAAUGUCAAUAUAUGAAUUUAGCUCAAAUUUAUCAUCAUAUUGGUCGAACUUAUGAAGCAAUAAAUCGAAUUGAAUCUUAUGGACAUCGAUUAUUUGCCGCAUAUUAUCGUGUUACAUUUCAUGGUCAAUUAUUUGAAUCAAUGGCUGGUAAAUCAUUUAUAUAUCGUUCAAAUCCAUGUCAAAAAUUAAAUGAAAAAUGUGAUGAAUUAUUACAAUUAUAUUGUCAUAAAUAUGGUGAACAAUCAGUGGAAUUAUUAACUGAUAAUUUUAUUAAUCGAUCAAUAUUAGAUCCAAUGAAAGCUUAUGUUCAAAUUACUUAUGUUGAACCAUAUAAAGAAAUAAAAGAUUCUGAUAAAAAACCAUUAAGAUCUUAUGAAAAACAUCAUGAUGUACGACAAUUUAUGUUUGAAGCACCAUUUCUAAGACAACCAGGUUUAUCUACGGAAGAAUGCCUAUUAGCACCAGGUCCAAAACAAAGUGAUGAUUUAACUAUCCAAUGGAAACGUCGUACAAUAUUAACUACUGAAGCAACAUUCCCGCAUAUACGUCGUCGACUUGAAAUUAUACAAGUAACAGAGAUUGAUUUCACUCCAAUCGAUUCAGCGAUAGAUGCUAUUCAAUGUAAAAAUCAGGAAUUAAUGAGCCAUGUAAUAACUCUACGUAAUAAUCUGACCAUUUGCCAUUAUUCAGGUUAGUUAUAUAUCAGAUUAGAAAGUUUAUAUUCUAAGGGAUUGGCUGUAUAAUUUUCCUUGAAUUUUUAUUCAUUUAUUUGAAUACAUAAAUAUUGGUUCAAAGGGAGGCAAUGGAUAGAUAUGCACCACACAAGUCACUUGAUUUUUGUGUGUGCUAUCAUACUGCCCGUGGUGCCCAAACCGAAGCAAGUUGUUUUCGUGUGGGGGCCAUACUAGGAGCCUUCGACCUAAAGGUUUGGUCCUCAAUACAGUAGAACAACGUCAGGAGAUUCAAUCGUAUGGUAGUCAGUGAUUAAUAAUCGGUUCAUACGCCAUUUAUUUCUUCAGAAUACUAGAGCCAACCCAUGUAUACCAUUGAUUUAGAAUCAGAGUUUUGCAGCUGCCGUAGGUGGACUCUCAAUAUCCACCAACCCGGUUAAAGCGCCGGACAUUGGCUUUUCGUCCUCUCAAUUUCAUAAGAGAGUGUCUCGAGAGGGAGAAAGUGAGCUGACUCUCCUCACCUUCGACCGUACCAGGGUAUUUGGAGGCUUCCCUGAAUUAAAGUACAGAGCUAAGAUUAAUGAACAAAAAGAUCAUUUCAUUUGAAUAUUUCAUCUGUGUUAACCUCAAUCAUUACAGCGUUGUUGAAGUUAAGUUGAAAUAAUUAACCUUGUUUCUCUAUCGAAUAUUGUUAUUUCAAACAUAUUGACUAUGUUCGGUUCUUUCUGAGGUUCUUCGCGUUCACCCUUGGACCGUCCUCACACCUCCCGCCUUUUAAGUCUGUUGUGUAAGACUUUUUCCUUGGAUCCACCUGAAACUUGGUUACCGUAUUUCUCCUGCGAUCCAUCACUCUCAAAGAUUGUGCAGCUUUGCCCUUGCGUCUUUUAUGUCUUCUAUAUUCGCGCUCCUGAGGGUUUUUUCAAGAUGAAUCUGAUAUGAUUGUUUGAACUUUGAUGUUUAAAACUUUGUAAAGUUAUUGUUUAUUAUUAUAACAACUGAAUGAAGAUUACUACCGUCAAAUGGAAUAAUAGUCAUUGUUAUGUUAACUAGAAGUUAUUGGAGUUUUGUAAAGUGAUGGUCACCUAUUGUUUAAAACAGUCAGAUUUCAAAUAACAGAUUUUAGGUUCCCCUCCAUUUCAUAGCAUCAUUACAAUUACUCCAUUUAUUACACCGAACUUUGUAACUCAAUGUUGAAUGUAUAAGUCUGUACAAAUGAUCAAUCACUGAGUAGUUACAAUUGUUGUUUGUCUAGUUAUAUGGUGUUAAUCAAACUUGAUCAGCACAUAGGUUCAGGAUUGCUUUUUCACUGUGUUCAACCAUUUAACAUAUAAAUCUGUUAGUAUAAUGUUGUUGAGAUAAUCGAAUUUCAUUAAAAUCACGAACUGAUCUUAGCUGGAUAACCAUUAAAAACCUGAAAACUUUGAAUGGUCAUUUCGUACUAAGAUGAGAUUCCUCGGCAUUGCUCAUUCAAUCAAUGGAUAUGUUAAAAAAAAAGAGCAUAUUCAUAACAAAAACUAGAGGCUACCAGAGGAAGCAUCCACUAGUAACUCAUUUAUCAAGUACAGAUUAAUAUUAUUGAAAUCACAAACCGAUCUUUCGCAUGAACGUUUUAGACCAUGUACAUAUUGGAAUUCAAUCGAAACCGAAGGUCGUGGAUCAGAUUUCCCAUUGCGAAUUGAUAGAUACACACUACUGAGGAGUCACAAUGCUAGGUAUUCAACGGUUGUCUAACUUGAAUAUUUUCAUGAUUUCAAUAAUAUAAAUCUGUAUUUAGUAAAUGAGUUAGUGGGUGGAUAAGGGGGGUCUUUUCUCUGAUAGAUACUUGUUUUUGUGAUGAAUAUAUUCUUCUUUUCUCUCAUCUUCAUUGUUGUAAUUUUGUCAAUGCAAAUAGUAUUUCUUUCUUCCUGUUUCAAAUUAUAAUAAUCUCGCUGGGUUCGAGGUCAUGGAUGCGCACUGCCACUAAGGAGUCCGACAAUAGGACGAAACGGCCGUCUAGUGCUUACAAGUUUUCCAUAGUGGUCUAGCUUCAACUGACUCAUAAUCUCAACCAUUGAAAUCACAAAAAAAGAUUAAAACUGAAAUAAUGUGUAAUUUGAUAUUUGUUCAUGUAUACAAUCUAUUAACUACAGGUAAAACGUAACAGUAUUGAUUGAUUCACUUUUCGGUAAAACAAACAAAGAAACAACACAGUCCAUAAAACAUUGUAUCGUUUGCACUAACCUUCCUCUCCCCCAAACUGACUACUUGAGCGGGAACAUAAGAAUAAGUGAGAAAUUGUAUUGAACUGCCGAAUGAAAUGAGCAAAUGCUACUUUAUUCUUAGAAAAUAGACCCAUUAACCCAAUUAAAUGCAGUUGACCUUGUUGUAACGGGUGUGCGACUGCAGGUUUUGAUAAGCAGUGUAUUGUAUUGAUCGAUUCAAUGGACACGUAAACACGUAGUGGACGACCUAGUGCCCUGAUUGGCCCCGCUUCGCAGUCUGUCCCAGCCAGUUGAGUCAAGAACGCAAGUCACAGCCUCUGAGUUAUGAAUCCUUGUAUUUCAGACAUACUCUAUUUAUAUACCAAACAAACAAACCACAUCGUACCAUAAAAUAGAAAACAAUAUUUACAAAAUAUUUAACAAGUGAAAUAAACAUCGACCAAUAAGAAAUGUACAUUUAAGGUCCAAGGCCACCAUAGACUUAACACGAUAAUUAUUGGUAUAUUUUUCCGACUAUCCUAACAGACCUAUAAAUGAUUUCUGAUUAAUAUCAGUUUACACUUUUAUUAAGCUAGUUCUGAAUGAUUAUCCAUAUUACAUGUAUUAAUGUGUUCAAAGAAUUUGAAAUCAUGUUGAUAGUGUGACUAUUAUUACUGGAGACACUAGAUGAUCGUCGUGGUAUAUAAAAGAGAGAAACGAGUUGGAAAUAUUAAUCAUUAGGCCUACAAUUGUGAAGACGGUUCACGGAUGAACUCAAAGAACCGAACAUAUUCCAUCCAAUCAUCUUUUGGAAGAAUAUUCCAGAAUCCCUACGUGUAGCUUCCCUAUUGGAAGAAUGCUAAUAACUCCCUGUGUGGGGAUUGGAUAACUAUAGUUGUGAUUUCGUUUUUACCAAAAACUAUAAAUAACUGACAUUUUUGUACCAUAAUUGGCACUGUCUGAGAUAACAAUCCUUUCACUAGUUUUCUGUCUUCUCAUUUGCGACUUGGGAAGGUUCUAGCGUUCGAGUGUUCAAGAUAUACGCGGCAAAUUAGGAAUCUAAGCUCUAGAUCUAACAACUGGUGACGGGUUGUCUUAUCAAGAUGUCAUUUACCUUUGAACACUUUGAAGCCUUGCUGGAGCAUCAAGAAAAAUAUUUCGAACAGUCCCAGAUUCAUAUUAUAGAGACGCUAACCCAGCAAAUGAACCUAAAUCAAAAAGGGGUUACAGAUGAUUCUUUCAAAUCUCAUGCCGACCACAUUAUUAAUUCUAUCCAUGAAUUUAAUUUCGAUGAGUCGGCUGGCAUUACUUUUGAAACCCGGUUCAAAAAAUAUGAAGAUUUGUUCAAGGUUGACCUCAGAAAACUUGAUGACCCGCCAAGGUCAGAAUACUCUUGCGAAAACUUGGCACGGUUGAACAUGAACGUUACAGUAACUUCAUCCUUCCAAAGAACCCAAGAGAUUUUUCUAUUGAUGCAACGAUUGAUAUUUUGUCGCAAAUCUUUGCUGAACAGUCAUCCUUGUAUAAUAUUCGUUAUCAAUAUCUCAAGAUAACAAAAGCAGGUAGUGAUGACUGUGUGAAGCAUGCGGGUUUAGUAAACCGUGGGUGUGAGUGGUUCAAACUAUCAGCAAUGACAGAUCAGAUUAAGUGUCUCGUGUUUGUGUGCAGCCUCCAGUUUCUCUAAGAUUCUGAUGUUAGGAUCAGACUUUUUGAGUAAAAUUGAACAAUGCCCGAAUAUAACACUACAGGAAGUAACCACAGAGUGCCAGAUAUUGGUAAACUUGAAACAUGACACUUCCAUGAUUGAAAAUAAUAGCCUAUUGCCAUACGUUCAUGUUGUAAGCGAAAAGAAAGAUUCCUGCUCAAGAAAAUUAUCGCACACAGACAAUCAGCCCUCGUCUCCAUGUUGGUCAUGUGGAGGAUCGCAUUACAAGAGGUUCUGCCCAUAUAAAGAACAUUGUUGUAGCAAAUGUCAUCAGAAGGGCCAUAAAGAAACAAGCUACAGAAAACGAACCCAUAAAUGAAAUUCUUCGAAAUCAUACUCCAAGAAAUACAGAUAUAGUGCUCAAACUAACAAAAUAUUGGUAUCACAUAAUCGAGCACAAAUUUACCGCCAACGAAAGUAUGUAAACUUAGAUAUAAAUAAGAAGCGUGCCCGCCUGCAGCUCGACAUUGCUUCCGACAUCACACUUAUUAGUCGAAGAACCUGGAAGCUUAUCGGAAAACCACAGGUGCUCCCAACAACCCAGUUAGCUCAUAGUGCAUCUGGAAGGAAACUAAAUAUUGUUGGAGAGGUUUGUUGUACAGUUUCAAAAGGAAACGCAAAAACGAGUGCAACGGUAUAUUUCACAGAGAACCCAGGACUAGAUUUGCUGGGUCUAGACUUAAUAGAAACACUACAAUUAACAAAUCACUCCAUUAAUCAUACACAGAAAUUUACAUAGUGGAUUAAGUGUCUAAAUUACAAUGAGCAGAUAAAUAAUACAGUAGUUGAAUGGGCUUACUACAAAUGCACGAAUUGACAACUAUCAAAGGAUUUUCAACGCAUUAUCCUUCUCACUAGCUCCUUUAAUGGCUUCAAAUGUGACCGGGAAUUCGGAAACUGCGUCUGCCGAUACUGUGUGAACCUCAGCCUUGAUAUCUACGGCAGCUACAAGCACCUCCUCUUCUUUAACAUUUUUGCAUUCCUCCAGUUCUUCCGUGAACAAUUGUCUGUGUUUCUCCAAAACAAAUUUCCUGAGACUCUUUUUCUCUGGUUUGUUGGUUCUCACGCAACAGCAUUCGUCCAAUAGGGAUUCUGGAAUAUUCUUCCAAAAGAUGAUUGGAUGGAAUGUGUUCGGUUCUUUCUGAGGUUCUUUGAGUUCUUCGAUGGAUCGUCCUCACACAUGUACUUCACAUUUUUAGAUGACUGAUAACAGUCUUCAUAUCUGAAUAGCUGUAUAUAUCUAUUAUUUUUCGACUCUGGGACGUGUUUUUUCAAUAUCAUGUUGGUCCAGCUAAUGCAAAUCUACAUGAUAAAAUUCAAUAAAUGGACUAAAUAUUUGGGUAUAAUACUUGAAGCUUCAUAAUUUUAGUCAAUAUGAAGGUUGUAAUCAAUGAGAUUGUAUUCUUCCAAGGUGAACAUCUAAACAAUCACAUUUAAUCGAAGUUAUUUACUUAGAGGAAGUUUUCUUCACGAACUAAAACUAGAGGUACACGGAACUCGUGUAUUAUCUUAGGUCAGAUAAUUAUUUUCUGUACUCACUUUCUAGCGCAUAUGUAAUCGAAUUCUCUUUCUUCAGGUUUCUUUACAACCCCGAUACAAUCAAAUCACUGAAUAAGAGUUGCAUCAAUCAAUACUUCCAUCAAUUCUUCAGUUAUUGUUUUCAUCAGUGAUUUACUGUUUCUGAUUGAAAUCUUGAACCGAUUGAUGUUAAACCACUAUUGAAAACCUGGAAGCACUGGAUGACCGUUUCGUCCCAUUGUGGUGCUCCUCACGAGUGCGCAUCUAUCUACCUUAAUACAAUGAAAGAUGGUCGCGCAAUUUCGUGGAUUGGUUGAGGUUAGACAUAAACAUCGUUGGAUUCCGGCCAGCUCAGUGGUCUAGUAGGUUAAGCAUUCGCCCGCGAGACUAAAAAAACCACUGGGUUCGAAUCCUGUGAGCGGGAUCGUGGAUGCGCACUGUCACUGACAAGUCCCACAAUAGGACGAAACAACCGUCCAGUGAUUCCAGGUUUUCAAUGAUGAUCUAACAUCAAUCGAUUCAUGAUCUCAAUCAAAAAAUUAAUCAUCUCCACAACCCUAUAUUGAUAAUUUACUGUUUCAUUAUGAUCUUGAUCGAAUGUAUAGGUCUCGGUUUUACUUGACUUUCAUGACUAUUUACACGGUAUAUCUGUAUCAAUAUUUUCUAAUUAUUCAUUAUUAUUAUUUUUUAAAAUAGCUAAUCCAACAUUGAAUGAAGAUAAACGUGUCUCUAUCAAUAUGCUUAAUUUACAUUCACCUAUUGUAAUAACAAAUACUUCUUCAAACAUUCCUAAUGUCAUAACAUCAACAACAACAACAACAACUACUACUACUACUAAUACUAUAAAUAGUAGUAUUAAUGGAAAUCAUUCAAAAAUAUCUACUUAUAAAAUACCAUUAUUAAUGGAUAUGCAAUUACAAGGUGCAUUAUUACCUACAGUGAAUGCUGGUCCAAUGGCUUAUGCUCAAGCAUUUUUAAAAGUGGAAAAUCAAUCAUUUUAUCCUAUCAGUAAAGUUAAUCGAUUGAAAGAGUUAUUUUUUGAUUUCUUAUCAACUUGUCUGGUACUUCUUACAUAUUAUUACAAUCUAAUGUCAAGUGUACAUGAAGCAAAAUAUCGUGCUAUGCGUGAUGCAUUAGAUCGUUAUCGAGUUGAUUUAAGUAAUUUAUUAAAAGAAGAAAUUAUUGUUAAUGAAAAAGAAUUAAGAAUUGGACCGAAAUCUUCAUCCUCUUCAUCAUCAUCAUCUUCAACAACAUCGUCUUCAUUCACAAUGAAUCAUAUUCAUUGAAUUAACCAACUACAUUGAACUCUAUUUCUUUUUUGGUCAUCUCUCUUUCAUCUUUAUCCCAUGAAUAGUAUAUUUGUGUAUACAGUGAUAGGGUCAUUGUUCCAUUAGCGUUUUUUUUUUUUUUUUUUUUUGUGUGGAGUAAAUUAGUUUUCUACGGGAUAGAAUUGCUAACCCUCAUGCUUAACCUUCCUCUUUUUAUCCAAACUUGGAAUCGGUAUGAACUCGAGAAGAACUACACACAGAUAGAUUUACAUUGUUCAUUAAUCCAACUUAAUUUUAUUCAAUGAUCAUGUAUUUACAUUCUUAUCAUAUAAAUUGAAUAGAAAAAUAAACAUUCCAAUUAUAAUUCACAUAUCGGUGUAAUAUGUAUACACAUAAUGGGAUAUACUACUGAUAGCCAUCGACAUAUAUGAGUAGUAUAUUAACACCAAACAGAAAUAGCUUGUUUAAUCUAGAAAUUGUGUUGUUCUUCACUGUACUAGUAACAAAUAAUAGAAGAAGUCCUCUUUUUCUUUUCGAAUCUUCUAUUGAAUACCUUUAUUGUUUUUGAAAACAAACAAUGUAUUAUGUAACUUGGAUCAAAUGUGUUUAUGAUUAUAGAUUAUUAUCAAUGAUGAGUAUUCAUUCAAAUGCAUUUCUAUGUCAAUUAUUUUGAUCCCUUCUUUUACUUUUUCUUCUAAUUAUUAUGAUCAAUUAUAAUAUUGUACACUAUUUAUUCUCACAUAAUAGAUGUGGAUGGAUAUUUUUUUUUCUGUCACCAAGUUGUAUGUAUUAUGGACAAUUAUUUUGUAAAAUAAUGAUAUAAUAUAGUAAUGAUUAUACUAUA